GAGUGCUACUUCCAGCGUUUAAAGUGCAGCACAUUAAAACUUGGAGACAGAAAAGCUUACAUGAUUGCACAUUUCACACCUCCCCUCCCUCCUCUUUUUUUGCCCCUGCAGGUGGAACUGACAGGCAGCAGUGUGUUUGACUACGUCCACCCAGGAGACCAUGUGGAGAUGGCAGAGCAGCUGGGCAUGAAGCUUCCCCCGGGGCGAGGCCUUCUCUCACAGGGUACAGCAGAGGAUGGAGCCAGCUCAGCAUCCUCAUCUUCCCAGUCCGAGACCCCCGAGCCAGUGGAAUCUACAAGCCCCAGUUUACUAACCACUGACAACACUCUAGAGCGCUCUUUUUUCAUCCGAAUGAAGUCUACACUGACCAAGCGAGGAGUGCACAUCAAAUCAUCAGGAUACAAGGUGAUUCAUAUAACGGGCCGGUUGCGUCUGAGAGUGUCACUGUCACAUGGACGGACAGUACCCAGCCAAAUCAUGGGACUUGUUGUCGUUGCUCAUGCUUUGCCACCUCCUACAAUUAAUGAAGUCAGGAUUGACUGCCACAUGUUUGUCACUCGUGUGAAUAUGGACCUCAAUAUCAUUUACUGUGAAAAUAGAAUUAGCGAUUACAUGGAUCUGACCCCUGUAGAUAUUGUAGGAAAGAGAUGUUACCACUUCAUUCAUGCUGAAGAUGUGGAAGGCAUCAGGCAUAGUCACUUAGACUUGCUGAAUAAGGGUCAAUGUGUAACAAAGUAUUACCGCUGGAUGCAGAAGAACGGAGGUUAUAUCUGGAUACAGUCUAGUGCAACCAUAGCUGUCAAUGCCAAGAACGCAAGUGAGAAGAAUAUCAUAUGGGUCAAUUAUCUUCUUAGUAACCCAGAGUACAAGGACACUCCAAUGGAUAUUGCACAACUUCCUCAUCUGCCAGAGAAGACCUCAGAAUCCUCAGAGACCUCUGACUCUGAAUCGGACUCAAAGGACAACUCAGAGGACAAUGAAAACUCAAAGUCAGAUGAGAAAGGAAACCAGUCAGAAAACAGUGAAGAUCCUGAAUCCGACAGGAAAAAGUCAGGAAAUCAGUCAGAUAACGAAAUGAACUGUAAUGAUGAUGGGAACAGCUCCAGCAACCAGGACAGCAGGGACAGUGAUGACAGCUUUGAAAACUCUGACUUUGAGAAUCAAAAGGCCCCUGAGGACAGUUUUGGCACUCUUGGCUCUAUGCAGAUCAAGGUGGAGCGCUAUGUUGAAAGUGAGUCAGACUUGCGGUUGCAGAACUGUGAAUCACUGACCUCGGACAGUGCCAAGGAUUCAGACAGUGCAGGUGAAGUAAAUGCCCAGUCUUCCAGCAAACAUCAGAAGAGGAAGAAGAGGAGAAAAAAGCAAAAGGGAGGCAGCAUGACCCGGAGAAGGCUGUCAAGCACCUCAAGUCCAAAUGGACUUGAUUCAGCUUUGGUGGACCAGCCCCAGCUGCUCUCGUCACCAAACAGUGCCUCAGUGCUCAAAAUUAAAACAGAAAUCUCAGAACCUAUCAAUUUUGAUAAUGAUAGCAGUAUUUGGAAUUACCCACCCAACAGGGAAAUCUCAAGGAAUGAAUCACCCUACAGUAUGACCAAGCCCCCCAGCUCCGAGCACUUCCCUUCCCCCCAAGCCAGCAGUAGUUUACACGUCUCCAUUCCAGACUCCGUUCUCACCCCACCAGGGACUGAAAAUACUGCCAGCCGUAAAACUCAAUUCAGCACCUCAUCCAACUCGGCCUUGGCUCCUGUGUCCUCUGACCCUUUGUCACCCCCACUUUCAGCAUCUCCACGGGACAAACAUCCAGGAGGUCCCACAACUUCCAACUCUUUGUUGUACACUGGGGAUCUGGAAGCCCUUCAGAGGUUACAAGCAGGCAAUGUGGUGCUUCCUUUGGUUCACAGGGUAACGGGAACCCUUGCUGCGACCAGCACUGCUGCUCAGAGGGUCUACACCACUGGCACUAUUCGGUAUGCUCCAGCUGAAGUUACUUUAGCCAUGCAGGGCAACCUCCUCCCCAACACCCAUGCUGUUAACUUUGUUGAUGUUAACAGCCCCAGCUUUGGGCUGGAUCCUAAAACACCAAUGGAAAUGCUCUACCACCAUGUUCACCGACUCAAUAUGUCGGGACCGUUUGGAAGUGCUGUGAGCGGGGCCAGUCUGACCCAAAUGCCUGCAGGGAAUGUGUUCACAACUGCCGAAGGACUUUUUUCCACUCUUCCAUUUCCUGUGUACAGCAAUGGCAUUCACACUACACAGACUCUGGAACGGAAAGAGGAUUGAAAUAUGACCACAUACUGUGUUCAGUGUUAUACUCUGAGGCAUAGACUAUGUUUUAAUUUAGACCUUUAAUUCUAGCACUUUGAAUUUGAGCAGGUCAGCUUAUUAUCUCAAUAUGAUGGUCCCCAUUUCAUUCCCUUUCUCUUUAACUUGACUUAUUCUUUAAUGUAAAGAUAUUUUUUUAUUUUUGCCUUCAGAGAGUCGAAGUACCAGUUGCCUGCCAUUUUGUCUUCUUCUAAGAUGUGUGUUUUUUCCUUUGCAUCUUUAUUAAGAUGCCUUUAAUAUGUGUAUGCCUCUGCCAUAGAAUACUCAGUGUUGUGGUAAAGAGAUUUUAAAGUGACAACCAUUGGUUUUACUGCAAAAUGAUCUUGAUGUGAUCAAGAUUAAAAGAGACAAGCAUAAACAAUGUGCCCUGUUUGACUAAGUCAAAUGAAAGGGGGGUUUUGUUCCUAAUUCCUUUAAAAUAGGGGAUAGUAUUUUAGAAUUUUAUGCAGAGUUUAAUUCUCUUUUUAUGGUUAAGAUUUUCUUACUUGCACAUAAAAUAAUUUGGGUUCUUAAAAAGUUAAUUUCUGGCCUGUGACUAGAAUGUUAAAAAGUUGGACUAAAUGUUAAUUACUGAAACUUUAACUUAAUUUCUAAAACCAUGGUGCUAUCAUUUAUUAAUCUGCAAUGUCUUCAUACAAUAUGCAGCUUGUGGGCUGGGUUUUUUGGAAAGAAUGUGUUCCGUACUGGUUUAUAGUGGGGUGCUGCAGUCUCCUUGGUUAGUUAAGACAAAAGCCCUCAUUAACAUUUGCUGCAGGACUUAAAAUUUUUUACCUCCAAACUAACAAGCAUAGCCUCACAUCAAAUUUAAAUGGGUCAGAAAGCCUUUUUCAAAAAGUGCUUAAAAACAAAAAACUCAAUUUAAUUGACGCAAGGAGCAGUUUCUUAGGUGCAUAUUGUUUUGCUUUAUUUUUUUCUCAGUGUAACUGAGGCUAAUUUUACAACAUCAAAUAACACUUCAGAGUAAAAAA